AAGCAACUAAUGUAGACUAUUUAAAGACCCUAAACAUGAAUUAUAACAUAUCUGAAAGUUCCUCUUCUACAAGACCAAGUACUCAAACAAUUAUCGACAUCAUUGCUGAUGAUGUCGAAUCUGUUACUGCUCAAAAACAGGAAGAACACAUGGAUUCUUCAGUUAAAUAUGAUACUACUGCCACCCAAGACAAAAAAGAAAUACUAUCUAAAUAUGAAGAUAAAGUUACCAACUUAAAUAAAGAAGCAAAUAGUCAAGAGGAGAAUGAAGAAUCUGAAGAUCAUCAGCCUAAGAAAAGAAAAAGAA